CAGUAGAUUAAUGCAUUUUAAUGAUUUAUUUUUAUUUUGAAAAUACGAUUUUCUGGACUUCAGCUCUCAGAGCAAAGAACAGCUAGAAUCAAGAAUUUUCUUUGUCUGUGCAUUAUUGCAUUGGCAUACUGAUCACUAAAUGACUGCUAGUGUAACACACCAAGCUCUCCAAUUAUAACGUGCAAAGACGAACAUGUCAACACUGUUUCCUGAUUAGACAAGAGACUGAAUAGUAUUGGAUUGCAAUGGGAAUGCAAUAGCAGUUGCAUUGAUUUACGAUUGUUUAGACAUUAAUUGAAAGAAAUCUCCCUUUGUCAACCGACCAGAGAAAGAGACGUGUGGGAACUGGCCAUGUCCUUCUUUAAUUUCCGAAAGAUCUUUAAAUUGGGCGCAGAGAAGAAGAAGAAACACUAUGAUCACGUGCACAGGGACACAAAUCCGGAGGAAAUCUGGGAGAUUGUGGGAGAACUGGGGGAUGGAGCCUUCGGAAAGGUGUUCAAGGCUCGAAACAAGCAGACAGGCAUUUUUGCUGCUGCAAAGGUGAUUGACACCAAAACUGAAGAUGAGCUGGAGGACUACAUGGUGGAGAUCGACAUCUUGGCAUCAUGUGAUCAUCACAAUAUUGUCAAGCUGCUCGACGCGUUUUACUACGAGAGCAAACUGUGGAUCCUGAUAGAGUUCUGCGCCGGCGGAGCCAUCGAUGCUGUCAUGCUCGAGCUGGAAAGGCCUCUGACGGAGCCGCAGAUCAGGGUGGUUUGUAAGCAGUCUCUGGAUGCUCUGCAGUAUCUGCAUGACAACAAGGUGAUCCACAGAGACCUGAAGGCUGGAAACAUCCUGCUCACCCUCGACGGAGACGUCAAACUGGCGGACUUUGGCGUGUCUGCCAAGAACACAAAGACCAUCCAGCGAAGAGACACCUUCAUUGGAACCCCUUACUGGAUGGCUCCAGAGGUCGUGAUGUGUGAGACGUCUAAGGACAGGCCGUAUGACUAUAAGGCUGAUAUUUGGUCUCUAGGAAUCACUCUGAUCGAGCUGGCCCAGAUCGAACCGCCCAACCAUGAGAUGAACCCAAUGAGAGUUCUGCUCAAGAUCGCCAAAGCUGAACCGCCUACUCUCCAGCAGCCUUCAAAAUGGUCUCCUAAGUUUAAUGACUUCCUGAAACAUGCGCUGGAUAAGAACGUGGACAACAGGUGGAGCACAGCACAACUUCUUCAGCACCCGUUUGUGAGUAGUGUGACUGACAGCCGACCCCUGCGGGAGCUCAUCGCUGAGGCCAAGGCGGAGGUCACAGAGGAGAUAGAGGACCUGAAGGAGGAAGAGGAGGAAGAAGAUCAUGAAGGAAACCUGCUGCUUCCUGGACACAAACGCGCACCAUCUGACGCUAGCGUUGGAAGCUCUGAAGACGAGAAGCUUCCGCAGUCACCAUCCACAUUGGAGUCUGUUCCUGAGAAGAUUGAAGAGGCCUCUACACCCAAACUGCCAGAUGAUAAUGUUACAACUGGAAUAAAGAAGGAAGAAGAACCUCUGAAGGUGGGUGAGAACCACAUUGAGGAUGUAGCAGAACCUGGAUCUAAGCAACAAGCUGUGGAAGUAUCUCCAAAGGAAUCUCAAGAACCUAAAGCUGAAGAGAAGCCUGUAGAACCAGAGACUCCUGCUGAUACAAUAGUCCAAACAGAGGAGCAAAGAGCCAAACCUGAUGGAGAGAAACUGGAAGAGGAAAAGGAGGUGGUGGGCAAUGGUGAACUCAUAAAGGAAGUGUCUGCAUCAGACAUUUCUUCAUUGGAGACACCAACAGAACCUGUUAAACAAGCUGUGCCUGAUGAACCUAUUCCAACAUCUCCAUUGAAAGAAGAAGAGAGUUUUGAGGGAAAGGAGAAACCUGAACUGGUGGAGAAACAAAGCCCAGUGAAGCCUAGGUAUGUGAAGAAGGAGGACUCUGGGAUCAGUUCUUCAGCUGACAACAGCAGCAUAGACCUGAACUUAUCCAUCUCCAGCUUUAUUAGCAAAUCCAAGGAGCCAGGAACCGUCUCUCAGCAGGACAACAAGAGGCAGAAAAAGACUCUGAAAAAGACUCGCAAGUUCAUCGUGGAUGGUGUGGAAGUCAGCGUAACAACGUCCAAGAUCAUCACAGACAAUGACACCAAAAGCGAGGAGAUGAGAUUCCUCAGGCGUCAGGAGCUGAGGGAACUGAGACUUCUUCAGAAAGAGGAGCAGAGAGCCCAACAGCAGCUCAGCAACAAACUCCAGCAGCAGAGAGAGCAGAUCUACAAACGCUUCGACCAGGAAGUCACGAGUAAGAAGCGUCAGUAUGAUACGGAGGUGGAGAAUAUGGAGCGGCAGCAGAAACAGACCAUCGAGCGUCUGGAGCAGGAUCACACCGAGCGCCUCAGAGACGAGGCCAAACGCAUUAAAGCUGAGCAGGACAAAGAGCUCUCCAAGUUUCAGAGUACGCUCAAGAACCGCAAGAAAGAGGAGCUCUCGCCUAAACAUGUGAGCAUCCUGAAACAUAUUAGGGAGGAUCUAAUACAGACUCCUUGUGAGGAGGAGCAGGAGUUUCUUCAGAAGCAGCAGCAGGAUCUGGACAGCGCUCUGAAGAAGAUCAUUCAGCAGCACAAACAUGAGCUGGCCACUAUUGAGAGAGACUGUCUCAACAACAAGCAGCAGCUCCUCAGAGCCCGAGAAGCCGCUAUGUGGGAGCUGGAAGAGCGCCACCUACAGGAAAAACACCAGUUGCACAAACAGCAGUUGAAAGACCAGUACUUCAUGCAACGACACCAGCUGCUUAAAAGACACGAGAAGGAAAUGGAGCAGAUGCAUAGGUAUAACCAGCGUCUGGUAGAGGAGAUGAAGAACAAACAGACGCAGGAGAGGACCAGACUGCCUAAGAUCCAGCGCAGUGAUGCAAAGACACGCAUGGCCAUGUUCAAAAAGAGUCUGCGCAUCACGACCACAGGGGUCACGCCAGAACUGGAACGUGAGAGGGUCAAACAGUUUGCAGCACAGGAGGAGAAGAGACAAAAGAACGAGCGUCACCAUCAACACCAGAAACAUGAGACUCAGAUGAGAGACCUGCAGAUGCAGUGCGACGCCAACGUCGGAGAACUACAGCAGCUGCAGAAUGAGAAGUGCCAUCUGUUGAUCGAGCAUGAGACUCAGAAGCUGAAGGAGCUGGAUGAGGAGCACAGCACAGAGCUCAAGGACUGGAGAGAGAAACUCAGACCCCGCAAGAAGGCCCUUGAGGAAGAGUUCGCCCGUAAGCUACAGGAACAGGAAAUGUUCUUCAAAAUGAGCGGGGAGUCUGCAUGCCUUAACCCCUCCACCCAGAGACGGAUCUCAAAGUUCUACCCCGUCCCGAGUGUCCACUCCACCGGCUUUUAACACACACGUUCACACUAAAAGCACAGAGAUGCUAAACUGCAUUGGGACUGAACCUCAGCUGCCUUGUUCCCUCUGAUUGCUGAUGUCAGGCAGAACGAAGGAGGGACUUCGUUGUUCCAGUAAUAUACAGAGAAGUUUUUGCUUUUGUUUUUUUAAUUUAAGCUUUAAAAGUGGAUUUUCAGUGUGGUUUCCCUAAACAUUUCAGCAAUGGUUUAUGAAAGAUAAUGUGAUUCUAUAUGCCACUAAAUUGAUCUUUGUUUUUUUAUUUAUUUUUUGAAUCAGUGGUCUCAGUGUCUUAAUGUUGUGGUUUACUGUGAUAUUUUUAGGAUUAUAUCUGCGUACAUGGAAUGACUGUUCAACUUCAGGCUAAUUUGCUUGCACUAAACUAAGCGAAUGAUUUAACUAAAUCUAAAUCAGAAUCAAAAAUCUGAAUGGUAAUAAAAUGUUCUUAAAUCUAAUGAAGUUUAAAGGCACAUUAUUUAGAGCAGUGGUUCCCAACCCUGGUCCUGGAGGC